UCAACUCAAGGUUUGUGUAGCCGAGUCUCCUGCCAGAUGCCAGGCUGCCAACCCAGAUGGUUCACUGGGUAAAUAACCUCAACAGUUGGCUGCCAAAAUCAGGCCACAGCCUCCAUCCAGUGGCCAUGUCUGAUGCCUGUCCCUUGUUCGCCCCCACACACCACUAAAGAGGUCGGUGGAAGAAGUAAGACUGCAAGUAAGAACUGAGAGAACUGUGGAUAUUCGACAAUAUCCACGUGGGAUUAACAAUGCCAGGACUGCUGCUCAUCUUCCCACUCGUUGCAUCAAUGAUGUGCCUUCUGACGACACAGGCGUUAGACAUCGCUGAGGUUGACGAGAUGCUGACUGCAGCUCACGCCUGCCGAGCUCACACUAACCCGGGUCUGACGGUCAGCGUCGUCAAGGAGGGUCAGAUCUUGCUGUCACGUGGCUACGGCUCCACACGUAUCCAAGGCAACCCCAAGGUGGAUGAGAACACUCUGAUAGGCCUUGCUUCUCUCACCAAAGCCUUCGCUGCAGCUCUCCUCCUGAAGGCGAUGGAUGACGAUGGAAGAUACAAUAUAUCAACUCCUUUGCGUCACAUCCUGGGCCAAGACUUCCGGUUUGCAGACGACUUUCGUACACAGGAAGCCACAGUGGAAGACCUGCUUUCGCAUAGAAUGGCGAUUCCUCCCAACAACUUGAUUCGAUUCGACAGCACACUCACUCGCAGCAAUCUUCAAAACCUGUCUCUAGUUUUCCGGAGCAGAUACCUGUACAACAACCUGAUGUACGGGUUGGCCACUCACAUCACGGAAAUUAUCGGGCAGGACACGUGGGAAAACCUCAUGAUUCGUCACAUCCUAGGACCUCUGGGCAUGGCACGAACAACCUUCAGCAAGGCCCUUGACCCCGGCGAAGUGAACUUUGCCCCGCCUGUGGAGGACUACUACGGAGAACUGAAGUACAUGUCUGUCCAGCUGAACAAGGUGUUCGCUGAGUUGGGCGGUUCAGGGUCCAUAUUGUCAACAGCGAACGACAUGGCGAAAUGGAUGAACUUUCACCUUUACAGAGGACUGGUUGACGGGAAGCGUGUGAUGGAGGAGAAAGUUCUGGAGGAGACGUACAAGCCGCGCGCAGCCAUUACACCGAACCCUUUGCCUCUCUUUCAGCAGCCGACUGUCCCUGUCACACAUUCCUACGAUGCCUAUGGGUUGGGCUGGCGGCUUGGUUACUACAGAGGUUACCCAACGCUGGGUCACAGCGGGUCAACACACGGGUAUCGCAGUCUUCUGACAUUAAUACCCUCGCUAAAGGUCGGGGUGUUCACUGCCAUGACGGGCAAAGACCCAGAGAUCGCCUUCCGCGGAACUCUCCACAGCUUCCUGCUGGAUCACGUGCUCAACGUGACGUCAUGGCUGAACGUGACCACCAUGUGCACGUUUCCAGCCCCGUGGUAUCCCGUCAAUGAAACGAAGUCGGAACCCGUCUAUAACCACUCGCUUCCACUGGCCCACAGCCUCUCGUCUUACACUGGAUACUACAGUAACCCUGCAUAUGGUGUGGUAGAAGUAAAGAAGUGGACGCCGGUCGACAGUCAGGAACAGUCAGGGAAUGAAAAUUACACAACAAACCGACUGACUGUCCAGUAUGGUUUAGGUGUCUGGGACAUGUUCCCUAUACGUCCCGUGUCCAGCAAAUUCCCUCCAGGGUCGGAGUUUUUCUUUGGAAAGGGACGUAAUAUCAACAACUGGUUAGAUUACUCUCCCUUUGUUUUUCAUCCUCCGUCCCAGGAAACAGCAAUGGUGGAAUAUCUUAGCAUCCCAGCUUUUGACUCCCAAGUACCUCCGAUGUUUGUCAGGAUACAUCAUACUGUGGAAUCCUCAGGGAACACCUUAAGCAGUUCAUAUUUUGUUUGUUGUAUUGUGUUUGUUAUAUUCAUUUUGUUUUUGGCGGCUUGAUCAUGUGAUCGUCUUGAAUAAAAUAACCAACACUUCUUA